AUGGCGUCCAAAAAUAGGAUCGACCCUCAGGAUGAGGAUGAGGUCUGCCCUGUGUGCAAAUCCUCGCGGUACCUCAAUCCGAAUAUGCGGUUUCUCAUCAAUCCGGAGUGCUACCACAAGAUGUGCGAAUCUUGCGUCGAUCGAAUUUUCUCUUCUGGUCCAGCCAGUUGUCCCGUCGCUGGAUGUCGGAAAACUCUACGAAAGAAUCGUUUCCGCCAGCAAACGUUUGAAGAUAUCGGAGUUGAGCGAGAAGUUGAUAUUCGGCGGCGGGUGAUGCAUAUCUUGAACCGACGAGAGGAGGAGUUCGAUUCGAAGCGCGCCUAUGACGAUUUUCUUGAGCAGCGCGAAGAGAUCAUCGCCAACCUAGUGUGUCGGACCGACGUGGCCAAAACGGAGGCUCAAUUACAAGCCUACGCGCAGGAAAAUAUGCAAUCAAUCAAAGCGAAUCAAUUGCUCGAGGAACAAGAAGCAACUACCUUCCAAAAGAAAAUUCUUAUGGAGCAAGAAGAGGCCCGGCUCCGUCAACAGAUCGCCCGAGAGGAAUACGAGAAUGAGCGGCGCGAGCAGCAGGCUACUCGCGAGGACUUCCUUACAAGGCUCGCAUCUGGCUCGGCUGUAGACGCGGCUGCUAUCGCUCGUGAGGGACACAAGGUACACCUGAAGAAAUCAUCUGCUAGACGCAGUGAGGAGGACCGCAUUCGGCAGAAGCAGGCUGCUUUGCGAGGCUCCGAGGGCAAGCGUACCGGUACGGGAUUGACCACGGCCGAUACUGCUGGCUCUAUUUCAGGUUCAGGGCUCAUCAAGGGCUUGCGGAAGAUCAAGACCCCCGAACCAGAGAAGCCUUACGACCCCUUCAUGGGCCUUGUGCCGGGCAAGCGCGAUUACUAUACUCAGCUGGAGUCAUAUCCAUACGCAUUCUUGGACAAGCUCCGCUCAGAUACCACUGUUCAAGCUGGCGGGUACGACUUGCAAGAGUAUUACUCGAGAACACUUCUCGAGGCAUUUGCUGGGUUAGGCUGUUUCGUUCAGGAGGAAGUUGCACAACGAGAUGCCACCUCUGCCCUUGGCCUUUCCAAGCCAGCCUCUACUGAGGGAGCCGCGAUGGCUGCCGUUGGUCAGAAAGCUGCUUAG